GACAGGAGAAGACCAGCCUCACAGGAAAAUACUUCCACACUUUGUAGACUUAUGAAGAAGGAUGUCAAAGAAGAGGACAGUUGACUCUGCUCCAGAAGGCCCAAGAAAAUCUUAUAUGUGAGUUUCCAAGGGAAGCUCAUACUGGGCGCGCAAGGUGGACGUACUUUCAAUGGACUAAACUAGUGUUAGAGAUACCAUCAGCCAGCUCACCUGCGUCUCAUUUAGAGGGGGUGAGGGAAAGACAAGGAGGGAAGAGCUCUGAGGCUCCUGUCCAAGUGCACGCUCGCAGGUCCAGGCAGAAACACACCCCCCCCCUCCAGGAUCAAUUAUUCAUACGUAUGAGGUUUCCUGUGUGUCUGGGUAAAACAAGGCGGACUGCGGUGGCUCAGCUCCAAACUGUGGCACAGUACGCUGUGAGACAAGAGCUGAAGGAGCAGAAAACCGGACAGAAGGGACAGUGGAUACAUACAGAGAGAGAGAGAGUGUAUAAGAGUUGGAGAUCAAGGAGAGGAGGAGAAUAAUUUGUUAGGAGUUGGGGAAAAAUGAAGGCUCUUCAGAAGAAUCAGGGGCGCACUGACCAGAUGUUGGGAGCCAUGGCUGAUGUGCUUACCUCCGUGGCCAUGCCCAAUCAACAGUGGCUCUCAGAGGGGGGCGAGGCAGACCUCCCAUCAAGUGAGGAGGAAAAGGGGCCUGUUCAGGGCCAGUGGGAGCCAGAGGGGCUGGAGUGGGAGCAGCAGGCUGCUGUUACAGAAAACCCAGAGCGGAGAGAAAGAACAGACUCAUACUCUGCAGCAGGCAGCGAGGGCAGUAUCUCCACUUCUGUGGCAUCACUGCCUCCUCAGGCAUCAGGCAGCUCAGCCCCCAGCUCCCCAGGCUCUAGGCGCUCAGUGAGCACCUUGAAGAAGUGGCUCACAAACCCUGUUCGCAAACUCAGUGCCGGGGCCACAGGAAAAGGGGAGCGUCAGGUCCGCAAGCUUGAGGGAAAGCCUCCACCUCUUACUUCCCACAGUCAGGAUCUGGGCAGCCCCCCAAGGCCUGAUGAGACCCUCACCAUUCUGCCUCUCGCCCACAGAGAACUGGAGUGGAAAGAUGGCCUAGCAAGCCCUGAGGACCUGUCACCAGCUACGUUGCAGUCCCCAAGCUACAUAACAGACUCACUGAUUGGCUGCACGUCACUGCCACACACCCAGGACACUCAGUCCACCAGUGUUUUGCCAGAUGACAGCGGCUCUGUCUUAAUGGAUGACACCUCCAGCCAAUGGUCAGCUGUGGCUGACUCUGAGGAGGAGAGGAGGAGUGCCUUAGAGAAAAGCAUGUAUGUACUGAAGGAGCUCACUGAGACAGAGAAGCACUAUGUGGCAGACCUGGGGCUCAUUGUGGAGGGCUACAUGGGCACAAUGAACUCCAAAGGUAUACCAGAGGACAUGAAGGGAAAAGACAAGAUUGUUUUUGGGAACAUUCACCAAAUAUAUGACUGGCAUAAAGACUACUUCCUGGGAGAGCUGGAGAAGUGUUUGGCAGAGCCAGAGAGGCUGGCUCAGCUCUUCAUCAAACAUGAGAGGCGUCUGCAUAUGUACGUUGUAUACUGUCAGAACAAGCCCAAGUCAGAACAUAUCGUCUCAGAGUAUAUCGAGACUUACUUUGAGGAGUUGCGGCAACAGCUGGGCCACAGGCUGCAGCUCAAUGAUCUGCUCAUCAAACCUGUUCAGAGGAUCAUGAAGUACCAGCUGCUGCUCAAGGACUUCCUGAAGUAUUACACCAAAGCUGGGAUGGACACAGAGGAGCUGGAGAAAGCAGUAGAGGUGAUGUGCUUCGUGCCAAAACGUUGCAAUGACAUGAUGAAUGUGGGCAGACUACAAGGCUUUGAGGGGAAGAUCACAGCCCAGGGCAAACUGCUCCAGCAAGACACCUUCACCAUUAUUGAGCAGGACAGUAGUUUCCUGUCCCGAGCCAAGGAAAGAAGAGUCUUCCUUUUUGAGCAGCUGGUCAUCUUCAGCGAGCCAAUCGACAGGAAGAAAGGGUUCUCUAUCCCUGGAUACAUCUUUAAGAACAGCAUCAAGGUGAGCUGCCUGGGUGUGGAGCCCAGCGUGGACGGCGAUGAUGCCCGCUUUGUACUGACAUCACGCAACCCUGACGGGAGUGUGGUGCGCUUCCAGUUGCAGGCCUCCUCCGCUGAUACCUGCAGGGCUUGGGUCAAUGAUGUUGUUCAGAUCUUGGAAUCCCAGCGCAACUUCCUCAAUGCCUUACAGUCACCUAUUGAGUACCAGCGGCGAGAGAGCAAGUCUAAUAGCCUCGGCCGCAGUAUGAGGCCUCCUCUGUCUGCUGCCAGUGCCCUUCGGCCCCACUCUUCUGCCUCCAUUGACCGUCAUAAGCUGCCCUCCCUUCACUCUCACAACACCUCCCUGCCCACACUCUACCUGCCCAGCCAAGGCCAGGGCCAAGGACCCAGCGAGUCAUACUCCCUGCGGGAUCCCACUGCAAUCCAACCAUGCCCUGGUGACUCCCACACUAUUUCUCCAUCACACGUCCAACUGGCUUUCACUGAUCAGCCGAACUGUCAAACUGUGUCAAAUGGGCUGUAUACCCCCGCCACACAAAGCGCACAGCAGAGAGCAGGAGAGGGCUGCCGAAGGAGUCAAGCUACUGAUGCCGGGAGCCAGGCUCCAUUGUCAGCCCCCUCGGCUGGACGACGCCCCAGCAACUUGGCUCAGCUAGCUGAGGAUGACCUAUGAACCUAUGACACAAUCUGUCUCCUGGGUCAGGAGGACAGCAGCUAAUGGAGACAAGAAGACUUGUCCACUGUCUGUUUAUGCCAGGCUGAACUCUUGCUUGGUUCAGUUAGGAUUUCUGGAGGAUAAUGAAGGAACCUAAAGGAACUUAUGAAGGAAUUAUUGGCUGCAGCUAUGAAUUGACUUUGCUCCUGUUUUUAGAGAGCCAUUCAGUGGAAGGUGACGAGCCUUGGCCACCUUGAGUGUACAUGAACCGCACCACACCAGAUUUUACUGGGCUCAGAGUGAGAACAUUCAAUGGAGACUCAAUGUUAUGACAAUUUCUGCUUUUUAACUUUUUGAUGGUUUGUAUACCAUACUCUUCUCUCUUUCAAGGGGCAAGGGGAAUUUGUUUGAUGAAGAAAUAUCCAUUCCUAAUUGGGGCGGUCACUGGAGUUACGUGUGUGCCUGAAUGUGUGUUUAUUCAACAAUGUGUGGAUGUGUUUGAACGCAUGAGAGUGUGCAAGAAGUGGCAGCAGCUGCUCUUGUAGUCUCUGGUAAUUCUGAUGCCCCAUUGUGAAGAGUACAAGUACAGCUACAUGAGUACAUUUUGUCAUUCCCCUGCUGACAACUAAGUUUGCUGUUUAGGUUGAUAAGAAUGGGAAAAGCAGAACACUUGAUGUGAACAUGCCACAAAGACUUAUCUCACACGAAUUUCAACUGAAAGUGAAAAACUUUCUGUCUUGCCACAGUGUUGAGAGCUCCUGUGUACUCUCUUAUUCUGUUUGACUGGCCUUUCUGUUUGAUCUGUACAAGAAAAAAAAAAGGCUUGAUGGAGUCCCCUGGAGGUUCUCUGCGGGUAUGACGUCACUUCAGAAUACAUUUUGCUCUUUGGGCAUCUCUAGAGGAGUUGCUAGAUACUGUAGGUGCAUUCAAAGGAACUGCUGUGCUGACCCAAAGUGUUGCAUGCAACUGGUGACUGACUGUCACAAUGCUACUUUACAGAGAUCUUCCUUUCCCGCUCAAAGUUGGGUGCUUGUGGUUUUGGGGACACAGGUCCUUAAAAGUGCAUCGGUUUAACCUAAUAUAAAAUGUUUUGUUAGUCCACUGUUGUCAUGUCAAGGCUGUGCACCAUUUCUAUAAUCUCUGUUAGCUUUUUCCCUCAUGGACUAAAUACUGUACAGUGCAUACCAUAAAGGCAAUCAUACAUUUUCACUUGUAAGAUGAAGAAUGACACAGAUGUAAUGAAAUGUUAGCGUUCCAUCUUGUUAAAAUGAAGGAUAAUAUGUUGCUGGAUAAAGAGGGUGAUGCUGAUGAACCUGCAUGCUCCCUCUUCCUCAGACAACAGUGCCAAAAUCAGCAGCUCCCUACUCCAAUACUCCAAUACUCCAAUAGUUGCCACUAAUCUCACUAAAUAAAACUGUAGAUAUCUGUGUUACUAUGUAGACCGUAACGCCUGAGUGACGAAAAGGAGAGAGUAGAUGAAGGGGGCUCUCAAUAUUAGGUCAGUUCUUCUUUGUGGCCAGUAGAGGUCCUCACAUGACUUUAAACUUUUCCAGUUUAGAUGGAUCAUACAGCUGCACCAAAGAUCAAUAGGCCUCAUACUUCAGUGCUCACAAUGAAACAAAAGCUGCUCAAUAAUCUGUCCAAAAGACAAUAAUAAAUUACACAAAGAAAAUUGAGAGGUGAGACAUUAGGUGAGUGGAAUCAUCUCACGGAAUCCAUCUGCAGUUAAUGUGAACUGACAUGUUUUCAUGGGAAUCACUGAUAAGGCAGGUUUGCAUUGAUGCAAAGUAAUACCACUACAGAGAACCAAAAGCAAAGACAUAAAACCAAGAGAGGGUUGGUUAAUGCCAUGUUUGACUGAGUAGAAACCGUUGUAUCAUAUCAAAUAAAAGUGUCUUUUUGAAACUGA